AGAAACCUCGAUGGGAAUUUGUAUAGCAACUCUUUUAUCGCUUAUGUGUUUUAGCGGUUUGCUUUUCAUCAAUAAUAUAUGGAUUCAUUUUAUCACCAUUGGUGUAUUCGGUUUCUUUUUGCUGAGUUACAUUUCUGUUGGUUUUGAAUAUGGCAUCGAAUUGACGUACCCAGAUUUGGAAAUUAUAUCGGCAAGUUUACUUACCCUUUCAAGUAUGGUAUUUGGAAUUGCUUUAACUGAAAUUUCUUCUUUCGUAAUGACAAACGUAAGUGUUCUCGCUUCUAAUGGAGUUUUGUGCAUCAAUCUGUUCUUUUGCUGCAUUUUGUCAAGUUUCAUGACAACUGAAUAUAAAAGAAGCAAGAAAAAUGUUGAUGAGACUGUUUCUACCCCUUAAAAUCACAUACUUUUUAUUCCCUUGGAAAAAAAAAUACCGAGGAAAUUAUUUUUUGAUAUGAUGAGUUGACAUUGGAUUUCAUGUUCUCUGUGAUAUCAGAUAUAAUUUGUAAUCGAUAAUGAUAUUAGAAGAUAAGAGGAUGAUCUUUUAUCGAAUAUAAUAAGAUAUAAUUUGAUUUUGAAAAAAAUGGAAGCUAUCUUGAAAGCAAUUAAUUUGUUUAAUUUUAUGUAUACUAUUAUGACAUGUUUCAGAUAUAAUAUUAGAAUUUUUUUAUUGUUUAUAUACAGAAAAUAAUGGUGCUGAUGCCAGAUCUACUGAUUGAAUUAAGUGCACUUCUUCGAAGUUUUGUUUCAAACAACGUUUAUGGAUACAGGAAGCAAACAUUUUAAAAGCAAUAGAUAAUGCCUCAUCUUUCUUUUGAAUGACAAAUUUUUGAACAUCAUAGUUGACAAAAUGAGACUUUCUUUAGAGUUGAUAUCAAACUAAAAGAUUUUGUGACAGAAAAAUACCAUUUAAUGCUUUAUUUCAGGAGACAAUCAGAAGCUUUCUUCAAGCAAAUAUUUAUCACAGGAGGAUAAUUUUAAUUUUCUAUAAAAAUGUGUUUAGCCUCUCCAUAUGAAACCUGCGAAAAUACAAAAAUUAAUUUUAAUAGUUUUCAUAUCUGUGUUUGUGUGCAAAUUAUCAGUCAUUUCAAAUAUUCAAUAAAGUUUUCUCGUAAACUAUAUGUCACAGAAUUCCCUUCCUUUGGAUAAUUUUUAUCUACUCAAAGUAUGAAAGAUGACUAUGCAGACAUUAUGCGUAAUUAAAGGGGUACUCUGUGUGGCUACAAUUUGCAAAAUAAAGAGUUUCUAGAACCCGUUUGUAGCCCAUUCUGAUUCAAACUGUUUUGCAAAAUUAUCAAUGUAAAAUUUUUAGG